AUAUUGCAUUAUGACGAUAGCAAAGUAAUCGGAAACAGCUUAGGCUGCGAGUAUACACGGCUACAGUAACUGGCCAUUUUAUGUUUCGAUUUUACGAUUUUAUAUGUACCAUAUUGCUUUGUUUUACUCCGUUUGAUGGGCUCUGUUGCAAGAUUAACAUUCGUCUUCUUUUCUAUGAAUUUACAAUCUUUCUGUGUUUAAGAUAACAGCACGAUAGAAAGGGAAUUCAACUAUUUAUCGACGUCACGUGAUGUUGUUCCUCCUUGAAAAAUACUGUCUUGUGCUACUUCUCGGUACAUGGGGACUGGUUUGUGGUGGCCAUCACCGUCAGAAGAGUAAUGACCUUCAGGACGCCAUGCACAAUCAUGGAGGCAUACCUAUGGGGAUAAAGGACAUCAACUGUGACGAUGGAAUUCACAACUUAACUGUUGACUGGGAUGGUUCUGAGGAUGCCUACACCUGUGAAACUGACCGAUGGUUACCUAUUCCAAAGAAGCCAUAUAGAGAAUUUCAUCCAGUAUGUGAACCAAUAAAACGUCCUUGGCAUCGUUGUAUGACAACUGCCUUGCAGUACGAUGAAGUUAUUCCAACAAGCGGUGAACAUCGACCCAUAUGGGCAAAAUUUGGAGAAUACCGCUACCUGCCGGUACAAAGAUGGUUACACAAUCUAGAGCAUGGCUGUGUCGUCUUCCUCUACCACCCAUGUGCUCCCCAGAGAGAUAUAGAGAAGCUGCGACAAAUAGCAACACGCUGUCUCCGUAAACAUAUCAUUACGCCAUACAACUUACUGCCGAGACAACUUCCAUUUGCACUUGUAACAUAUGGAUGUAAGCUUCAGCUACCAUAUGUCGAUGAGAGAGCAGUAGUUCGCUUUGUGAGAGAGCACGCCCUCAAGGCACCGGAGUCCCAAGUUACUGAAAACGGUGGCUUCUCUGCCGAACUUAUCACACCAGCUUUGAUUGCGUCUGAUAUUGUUGACAGCGAACUUUGCCGUCGGGAUCCCCUAAUGCUACCAGAAUUGUAGCGCCCAACAGUGGCCCACGAUGCCGUUGUUAAGGGGCAAUAUAGAGGUGAACUGCAAUCUAAUGACGUCUAAGCCAAGUGAAACUCUUGCGGACAGACUUUCAUCAUAGCCAUUAAAGUGUUUUCUUUUUCUGAAGACAAGUGCUUGUAUAUCACAUUAUCAAAUUAAUUUUAUUGUGAUCAUAUUCAUCCUUAUCAGUGCUCCCAUAUCAUCAUUCUCAUUGUCAUCAUCAUUCUCAUAUAUACAAAUAAUCCACAUAAUAAAAUUAAUUCAUAUAGCAUUGAAUGCAAAAAGCAUAGAUUUUUAAUGCAUUAUUGUUCUUGUUUUCCCAAUGUGCCUUACUUAAGUUUGCCAAUACACUAGAACCACUAUUAAGGGGACACCCUCGGGACCAAAAUAAGUGUCCACUUAAUAGGGUAUUCCCUAUUCAGGAAACACUAACUAAAAAUGUAAAAGUGUCCCCUUAAUAGGGGUUUUUGGCAUGAUUCCAUAAAUAUGGUUAAAAAAAAAAAAAAAAAA